UCUCUCAUUCUCUCUGCUGCUUUGAUCUCUGCUUAACAACAGUCACGUCACAGGGACUAACUAUACAGGAGAGUUUUGUUGGAAGUUGGAAAGUUUUUCAGCCUCCAGAGGGCUGUAGCGGCAGUAGCAGCAAGCAGCAUCCAAGGGACUCCUGGAAGGGGAAGAGAGAGAGAGAGAGAGAGAGAGAGAGAGGGACGAGCCUUGAGUCAGUCCUUUAGAAACCUGACUGUAGAAGAAGGAGGCAGACAUGGAACAUCAGCUGCUGUGCUGCGAGGUGGAAACCAUCCGAAGAGCCUACCUAGACGCCAACCUACUGAAUGACAGGGUCCUGCUGGCCAUGCUGAAGGCGGAGGAGACCUGCACGCCCUUGGGCUUCUACUUCAAGUGCGUGCAGAAGGAGAUCUUGCCCUACAUGCGGAAAAUAGUGGCCACUUGGAUGCUGGAGGUUUGUGAGGAGCAGAAAUGCGAAGAGGAGGUCUUCCCCUUGGCUAUGAAUUACUUGGACAGGUUUUUGUCCUUCGAGCCCCUCAAGAAGAGCCGGUUGCAGCUGCUGGGAGCGACCUGCAUGUUCGUGGCUUCGAAAAUGAAGGAAACCAUCCCGCUGACGGCAGAGAAGCUGUGCAUUUACACAGACAACUCCAUCAGGCCGGACGAAUUACUGCAAAUGGAGCUGCUUCUGGUGAAUAAGCUGAAAUGGAAUCUGGCUGCAGUGACCCCUCACGAUUUCAUUGAACAUUUCCUUACUAAAAUGCCUCUGACUGAGGACACCAAGCAGAUUAUUCGUAAACAUGCCCAGACUUUUGUGGCUCUGUGCGCUACAGAUGUUAAGUUUAUUUCAAACCCACCCUCCAUGAUCGCAGCUGGCAGUGUGGUAGCAGCUGUGCAAGGCCUUCACCUGGGAAACACUAACACUUUCCUCUCCUAUCAGUGCCUCACACACUUCCUAUCACAAGUUAUCAAAUGUGACCCGGACUGUUUACGAGCCUGCCAAGAACAGAUUGAAUCCCUCCUCGAAUCCAGUCUACGCCAGGCACAGCAGCACAACAUAUCUUCAGAAACAAAGACUGUUGAGGAUGAGGCAGAUCUUUCCUGCACACCCACUGAUGUGCGAGAUGUGAACAUUUAAGAGGACUUCUUCUAAUGGGUUUGCUUGGCCAUGAAAGCAAACAAAGAAAGGGCAUCUGCGAAGGAAUCAGCAUCAGGAUCUCCCCCCCAGAAACCCUUUUCUCCAGGACGUUUUUAUACCAGAAGGGAAAGCUUCACUCUUCUUAUUUUUCCUUGCUCUUUCUCCCUUCCAUCUGUGACUUAAAAACAAACAAACAAAAUACCCCAAAAACUGUCUUAAAAAAAGAAAAAUAGUAUUUGCAUGACCCCAAGGGGUUUGUGCUACAAAAAUAGAGGAUUUUAUACAAUAAUAAUCAACUAGUUUUUAUAUUAAAGUGUUCUUGUCUGUAUGUUGUAAAAAUAGGCAUUAACACACAAAAUGUCUCCAGGGGAGGUAUUAGAUUUGAUUUCUUACAUACAAAACAAACAAAACAAAUAAACCAUUUUUAAAGUAGAAGAGGGUUAUUUUUUAGAUAGAAAAUGACAUAUUCUUUUGUUUUUUUCUUUAAAAACAUAGCUUUAACGCAGUUCUAGGCUUUUCUGUAUCUUGCUUGCUUAUGCAUUUAGUCACUUUAUAAUUCAUCUGUAAAUGUUUAUUUUAUUUUCUUAGGUUUUUAUCCUCUUCACCUUAUAAAUGGUUAACGUAACCCAUAAGUUAGUGUAUGUUAGUAUACAGCAUUAUAAUAUGUUAAUCUUUUGUGCCUGUGGAUUGCCUGUGCAUAAGGCUUUUGUAGGGUUCCAGCUUAGCAUUGUUGGGGAAGGCCCAAUGUACUACUCAUACGAUACUCUAUUAUAAAGAGGAACCGAAAUAGUGACAUAAUAUAUUAUAUUUUUGUAAUCUUCAUAUUUUUGUAGUUACCUGUGUAUAAAAUGCUGGUCUGACCCAACAGAUCUUCAGCCUAAUUAUGGUCAGGUUCAAUCCACAGCCUAGUCUUUUUUUUUUUUUUUUAAUAUUCUAAAACCAUUCCAUUCAAAGCACUUUCAGUCCAUUAGAUAUAGGAAAUACGUUCUUUUAUUGUGUGGGAAUUUUUUUUUAAAUGGAAUGGUUUGGAAAUAUAUAAGUGCUUGUGUGCAAACAUGAAAUUGCAAAGCAAGUGCAUUUAACUAUGGUGUUAGAGGAAAGGUGAUUUUUUUUCCGAAGGUUGGGUUCCAGUGAAAGAAAUUGCAUUCACAAAUUGCCAGGAUAUUUUCCUAUCCUUUUCUAUAGAAAAGUUGAAGUUUAUGAAUCCUUUGGUGCCAACUCAUGUUUGUAAAUUAGGGGCCUUAAAGGUUCACAUAUAGAACACAUAGUUUAAGGAUUGUCUCUAGAUGUCUUGCAACUGAAGGUUUUUAAACACUAAAAUAUAUAAUUUAUAGUUAGGGCUAAAAAGAAUAUUUAUUGCAGAGGAUGUUCAUAAGGCCAGUAUGAUUUGUAAAAUAAUGCAAUCGCCCCUUGAUGUUUUAAAAAAAUAUCCUUCUACCCUUGAUGUUGCAGUUUUAACACAGCUUACUGAGAAAAUUAAAUAGACACUCUUUUUAAAAAACAGUAUAUUCGGCCCCUUCUUAUACACUUCCAAAAAACAAUCUAACCAUGAGAAACGCCAUAGUUAAAAAAACAAUAGAAUUGGUGUACUUGAAAGAAGAUCUUAUUCCAAUAUAUCCCCCUAUUUUGUUUUUUGUUUUAUUUUAGCUACAAAUAGAAAAUUUGCACAUCUUGGCUAUGUAUCUUUUUAUUAUUAUUUUAGAAAGUAGCUGAAGGGACGUGGACAUAGCUGUUGAAGUUGAUGCUCGAGGAGAAUGUGGUGGUGAAAUGUAUGUGAGAAAACUGCCGCUAAGGUGUUGAUUGUAAAAAAAAAAAAAUUAAAAAAGAAAAAAAGGA